GCCUGCCCUUGCCCAGCACUUGGUGAGCUGGCUGACGAAGCCGAUGGUGAAGCCGGCGGUGUUCCUGACGACCUUGACGGUGAAGCCUUGUCGGCGAGAGACUGCGCAGCCGUCGGGAAAAACUUUGUCGAUCCCCUGUGCCCGCUAUGUAUCUUGCCACGCGGCUUGGACCCAGAAGGCCAGGAGGUUUCAGUGCAUUGCCUGGCGGCGGGCGAGCUGCAGGGAAAGCUGUUGCUGUGCUUGCCGGCGGCCAGCUGGCGCCACAAGGUUGCCGAGCGCACCGUCCCUCGAGGUUUUCUCAGCAAGGUUUUCGGUGCAGAGGUUGCAGCUGCAGCGUCGACCGGACAGUCGGAGUUGCCGGGCAGACGGUUCGAGUUUGGCUGGGCUUGUGCGAGGGCCACGCCGAAGCCGCGAUUCAAGUUGCUCCUCCCUUUGGUCGAUGCCUUGGCCGAGCUUUGA